UCGCAAACACACACAUCAGAGGUUUUAAUUGAAAAAGUUGUUGGUUGAUGUUUCCAUCACUAGUUGCUUUGAACAUUCAAGGGUUCAUUGUGUAUUCUUUUCCUUUAUUAGUUUUAUAAGUCUUUCCCGUUUGUCUGUCCAUAUGCUAAACAAAAACCUCUCUUUCGCUCAAGUGGAGAUGGUAACUUGGUGAGGGGGGAAGUGUGGUUUUGUUUCUGAGGUAUUAAUGGGUAAUUGUGCGUUUAGGGGGAGCCCAUCCAUCUACAAAGUUUUCUCAAAUGCAAAAUCUGAAUCUCCGAAAGAGCAGAGCCCUUCAGUGAAAGAGGAGAAGCAAGACCAAAAAUUGCCGUCAAAUCCCGAGGAAGUUGAGGACUUGCGCCGGGACUCGGCUGCCAAUCCAUUGGUAGCAUUCACUUUCAAUGAGCUGAAAACAAUUACCAGCAAUUUCAGACAAGAUUAUGUUCUAGGAGGUGGUGGUUUCGGAAGUGUUUAUAAGGGAUUUAUCACUGAAGAUCUCAGGGAGGGGAUUCAACCUCUUCAAGUUGCUGUUAAAGUCCAUGAUGGUGAUAAUAGCUAUCAGGGACAUAGAGAAUGGCUGGCUGAAGUUAUAUUUCUCGGGCAGCUCUCGCAUCCAAAUUUGGUGAAAUUGGUCGGAUAUUGCUGCGAGGAUGAGCACAGAGUUCUUAUUUAUGAGUACAUGCCUCGGGGAAGCGUGGAAAGCAAUCUAUUUUCAAGAGUAUUACUUCCACUCCCAUGGUCCAUCAGAAUGAAAAUUGCAUUAGGUGCUGCGAAAGGACUUGCCUUCCUUCAUGAUGCCACGAAGCCAGUUAUAUACCGAGAUUUUAAAACAUCUAAUAUAUUGUUGGACGAGGAGUACAAUGCUAAACUUUCGGAUUUUGGACUUGCGAAAGAUGGACCAGUUGGUGACGAGUCCCAUGUUUCUACUCGAAUAAUGGGGACAUAUGGAUAUGCAGCUCCAGAAUACAUUAUGACAGGCCAUUUGACAGCGAGGAGUGAUGUAUACAGCUUCGGAGUUGUACUACUUGAGCUACUUACAGGCCGGAAGUCAUUAGACAAGUCUCGUCCGGUUAGAGAACAGACCCUCACUGAUUGGGCACUGCCAAUGCUGACACAGAAGAAGAAAUUGCAUGGCAUUGUAGAUCCUCGGUUGAACGGAGAUUACCCGAUCAAAGGUGUGCACAAGGCGGCCAUGCUCGCUUACCAUUGUCUGAACCGUAACCCAAAGGCAAGGCCUCUCAUGAGAGACAUCGUCGACUCCUUGGAACCUCUUCAGCUAUCUUUAGAGACACUGGAAGUUGAUCAAAACCAGCAGUUAUAAUGUUAAAUGUUGUAUUACUGAGAUGAACCUUCUGCAGAAAUUUCUGAUACCAUGUUAUGACGAUAAGUUUACAACGAACAAAUUUAAUUUACUGAAUUUUCUGAA